CCAGAUAGGAGUCUCUGAGUCCCGCUGCCUGUGGUUUGCCCUCCGGACAGUAGGGGGCGAGCGUCUUCUGCAGGAAGACGGAAGUGUACGCAUGAUUGAGGGACCGUACUCCCAGGCUGCCUCGUGAUAACUGCGCAGGCGCGAGGUGCUGGUCUUUUUCGAAGAACUGGCAAGAUGGCGGAAGUGGAGCAGAAGAAGAAGCGAACCUUCCGCAAGUUUACCUACCGCGGUGUGGAUCUCGACCAGCUCCUGGACAUGUCCUAUGAACAGCUGAUGCAGCUCUACAGUGCACGGCAGCGACGGCGGCUGAACCGAGGCCUGCGGCGGAAGCAGCACUCACUGCUGAAGCGCCUGCGCAAGGCCAAGAAGGAGGCACCACCCAUGGAGAAGCCAGAGGUGGUGAAGACACACCUUCGGGACAUGAUCAUUCUGCCUGAGAUGGUGGGCAGCAUGGUGGGCGUCUACAAUGGCAAGACCUUCAACCAGGUGGAGAUCAAGCCUGAGAUGAUCGGCCACUACCUGGGCGAGUUCUCCAUCACCUAUAAGCCCGUGAAGCAUGGCCGGCCUGGCAUCGGGGCCACCCACUCUUCCCGAUUCAUCCCCCUCAAGUAGCCACCUGGCCAAUAAAGGCUCUACUGUCCCCA